AUGUCCAGAUCGGGUGACCGAACCUCCACGAUUUGACCGACUCACAGCGACGCUCUGCUGCACGGUCUCAACCUGCUGUAGAAGCAGCUCUUCUGCGUCUUGACUCUCCUGCGGCGCAGGGGACAGCCGGUUCACUGCCACAAAGCAGUGCUGGCGUCCUAACUCGCGGUACUUCAGUCCCUGUUCUCCACGCACAUGCUGAGCGGGGAAGAGCGGGCUGGCGCGAAGGACCAAGGCAGCAGCGGCACCGUCCUCCUCCCCCGGCGAUGGCUCUCCUGCCCAGCCCGCUCCACCAUCAACAACCUGGUGCUGCAGGGCUGUCACUCCAUCGGUCUGCGGCUGGUGCUGGAGUACCUCUACACGGCCGUGACCCUCCUGGACACGGUGGAGGGGUUGCUCUCCGGGCAGAUCCUCAGCAUCCCACCGGUGCAACUCAGCGUGCAGUUCCUCAACGACCAGAUCUCGGUGCAGAUGAAACGAGUCUGCAAGAUACGCAGCUCUACCCGCAGGCUGGACGAGACCAAGAAGCUGACAAAAGAGUACCUGGUGGAGGGCGUGCUCCUCUUAAUUGAGAGAUGUGCCGUGCUGGGUAGCCUACUCGCCGUGAGUCCGGAGCUGGCGCUCUUUCAGGUGUCCGUGUUGUGGUUGGGCCGACAGGAGACCAAAUUGCACUGCAGCUCCGACCUGAUGGAAGCGCGCGCGGCGCCACCCUCAUCCUGCUCGAGGAGCUGGUGGAGGGUGCGGUCGGUGGACUUUAUGAGCGACGGUGUGCCCGGCUGCUCCCUGGAUGCCAUGAACUACCACCUGAUGCCCUUCCGGAGACAGCACUGCAGACAGACACAGCCAGCGAAAUUACGUUCGAACAAGCGGAUGCUCCUGUUGGUUGGAGGCCUGCCCCGGGUCCCGACCGCACUCCCUAGUAAUCUGGUUCAGUACUACGAUGACGAAAAGACAUGGAAGAUCGCCCACAGAGUGAUGUAUAACAGCGCCCAUCACUGUGUGGUCGAGGUGGAGAACUUCCUGCUUGGGUGGAAGACCAAUUGGAACCUAAUGCGUGGAACAAAACUUAUCGUGUAUCAUCUUCACAGGCAAACACAGCACACUAACUUUGUAAGAGAAGCGAGUUUCUUCGCUUGCUGCCUGGAUAAACACUUGUAUGUUGGGGGAAGAGCAGAGACAGGUUAUCUGUCUAGCGUUGAAACCUAUAGAGAGACAAACGAAUGGAGCUACGUUUAGUCUCUUCCUAACGCUGGCUGCAUGCGCAGCGCCGUGCACAAUGGGAAAAUAUACAUCUCAGGUGGCGUUCACAAUGGUGAGUACGUGUCUUGGCUGUACUGCUACGACCCGUGAUGGACGUGGUGGGCUCGGAGCAGGACUGAACACAGCCGAGCCAUACACUCUAAAGCGAGCAUGAACGACCGCUCUCACGCUAUUGUGGGAAACCACUUAAAAGGAUUCUCUCAUCUGGAUGUGAUGCUGGUCGAUGCUCACGAUCCUAAAGCAGAUCAGUGGAGCAUCCUGCAAGCGCCCAUCCUAGAGGGACGCAGCGGGCCUGGAUGAGUUCUUGAUGACAGUAUUUACUUGGUGGGAGGCUACAACUGGAGCAUGGCGUAUAAGUCAUCCACCAUUUAUUUACAGCCCAGAGAAGGCACAUGGACUGAAAUGGAAGGAGAAGUGGCCGAACCUUGCGGACGGCCUGUACCCCUGAUCAUACUGCCAGCCUGUUUACCAUUUAACAAAAAUAACUAUAUAGGCGCGGAUAAAGUGGAAAACCUGUCGGGAUGGGAAGUCAAUGAAGCUAAAUGA